AUGAGCGCUUUUUACGAAAGUAUCGUUACGAUCGCCAGCUCGUUCUGUAAUAACGUCUUUAUGUCUCCAAAAACCUCACGAUACAUUGGUGUCGGAGCACUCCACAGUGUCGUCGUUUGGGAUAUGUUGGAACAGGUCGAGGUUGCAGUGCUCCCCGGUAAAACGGAGAUGGCAUUCGUGACCCGAAUAGCAGCCAGCCCUAACGGUCGCGAGCUGGCGGUCGGCUACGAAAAUGGGGUUAUAGCCAUUUAUGACCUCUAUAAAAAACGAGCGGUUUGCGAAUUUGCUGCUCAGAAAUGUGCUGUAACGUGCAUGCAGUACGAUGGCGAAGGUGACUUCCUGGUGUCUGGUUCUAAGGACACCGAGGUCGUCGUAUGGGACGUUGUCGCGAACACCUGUAAGGCUCGCUUCAACGGCCACAGAGGAGCUAUCACCAAUGUACUCUUUACGAAUGGGAGCAAUUGUGUGAUCAGCACAUCCAAAGACACAUUCGUGAAGUUUUGGGACGUUGCGACUAACCAGUGUCUCAAGACUUUGGGCGGUGAUCCAAACGACCAGGUAUCAUCUGCAGUAUUGUGCAGAGAUAGUCGAUAUCUGGUGACGGGCAACGAGUACAAGGAGAUCAAGGUCUACGAGCUGAAGUGGACAGCAGCUGAUGCCGCUAACACUGAGGUGGUGUUACAGUGUCACCUCAUCUACAGCGACACGUUGGUAGCGCGAGGCCGCCUGAUCGGCCUCUCUACCUACCACGAUGUGUUGGCGUGCUACACGGAUCGUGGACUAUUGAGUCUGUACUCGUUGCGCAUACGGACCGACGAUUCCUGCCCUGUGAGCGAGUCAAAGGAGAUUAAGGCGCAGCGGAAGAAAUUAGCGAAAUUAAUAAAACGGGGGAAACUGGCGGCGGACUACACAGCAGAAGCGCCGACAGAGCGGCAGUCGUCAACGACGGCAUCGGUAGACCAUCUGACCUCAUUAAAAAUGGACGCCAAGGUGGUGUCUACCUCUCUCCUUCAGUUCGCUGACGGAAAGGAACUACGCGCCGCCGUGACACUGGCCAACAACAGCGUCCAGUUGGUCAGCUUCGACUUUAGCGAAGAUUACAACAGUGAUUGUACCUCGAACGCUAGGCCGGAUCGCGUAACACCGCCGCGGCCCCCGUCGCCCCCGUCGCCUCGUUGCCUUUGUCCAUUGCAAAGGGGUUGCAUGGAUAAUUCCAAGAAACCCAGUGUCAGACUGCGCCAGACAAUCCACAAACAGAGAGAGAUGGCGGGAGAUUGUGAGAAAAGCUGUAUCGGCCACCAACACAAAUACGGCCGCCUUAAACGUGACCACGACCGCUCUGCCAAGAGCGAAACGACAAAGAAGAAUAUUCAAGGUGAAAAAUUUGUUGCUGUAAAAACCACAAGUACAGUUGCUUAUAUCAGUUUUCCUGUUUCAAAAACACAAGCAGUUAAAACUACGGCGAUUCAGCCCAUGAGCAGACCGAAGGAUUAA